AUGGCACUCCCAAACAAGUACCAGAAUGGCAGUGUCGACUCGACCGUCAAAGGAGUCUACCGAGCUUCGCCAAUUAAGCUCAUGAUUUACGGGAACGACGUGAUCGCGGAGUUAGGCGGAACGAAAGGAUUUAUCAUCACUGGUCGAUCGCUGUAUGAGAAGACUCCGGUUAUCAAGAACAUCGAAAAGUCAUUGGGUCCUGCCCAUGGUGGUACAUUCAGCAAAAUUGGGCAGCACGCGCCGAUUCAAGAUAUCCGUGAAGCGACAGCACUAAUGUCAAAAUCUGCCUGCGACGUUUUGAUCGCAAUAGGAGGCGGCUCCCCCAUUGACUCCGCAAAGGCUAUCGCGUACAACAUUCACCAAGAAACCGGUAAAUGGAUACCUAGCAUUGCUGUACCGACGACAUUGAGCGUUGCCGAAACCACACAAAACGCCGGCUUUACCACAGAGGAGAAACAUAAGAUUGCUGUGAGCGAUCCAGAACUUGUGCCUAAGGUGGAAUUGAUGUACCACCCACUCGCUUCUGAAAUACCGACGAAGCGCAUGUGUCUUGAGGCAAUCAAGGACCUGUUCACAUAUUUGCCACAGUCGAAGGCCAACCCACAAGAUGCGGAAGUACGCACGAAACUCUUCCUCGCUUGCUAUUCGUCUCUCUUCCCAUUCUUGUACACUGGUGGUGUCGGAUUGAGUCACAGCAUUGGCCACGCAAUUGGAGCUACAUACAGUAUCCCGCACGGCAUUACAAGUUGUCUCAGUCUUGCACCGACUGUGCACUUCAAGGCGAGCAACCCGGAUGAGGCCAAGCAAAUCGCGAGAAUCAUUCCGUACAUUGGCAAGCGGAGUACUGGCAGUGACGAAAAGGACUCGCACAUUGUGGGCGAUGCAAUUGCGGAUCUAGUUGAACGGCUUGGCCAUAAGACUACUCUGACAGCUUACGAUGUUCCUACCGGCGACGCCGAAGAAGAAGCUAUCGCAUCUCGUGCGCUGCACAGCAAAGACCACAAGGACUUUGCGAAUCUGAAGAAAAUCGUGCACGAUCUCUACUGA